ACCCCGAGUCCCACGUCUCCGAGUUCCACUUCUUCGAGUCCCAAUUCUUCGAGUUCCACUUCUUCGAGUCCCACUUCUUCGAGUUCCACGUCUUCGAGUUCCAUCGCUUCGAGUCCCAAGUCCCCGAGUCUCAAGUCCCGAGUCCUACGUCCCACGUCCCACGUCCUCGAGUCUCAAGUCUCGAGUUCCAAGUCCUACGUCCCCGAGUUCCACGUCCCAGUCUCCGAGUUCCACGUCCCAGUCUCCGAGUUCCACGUCCCAGUCUCCGAGUUCCACGUCCCAGUCUCCGAGUUCCACGUCCCAGUCUCCGAGUUCCACGUCCCAGUCUUCGAGUUCCACGUCCCAGUCUCCGAGUUCCACGUCCCAGUCUCCGAGUUCCACGUCCCAGUCUCCGAGUUCCACGUCCCAGUCUCCGAGUUCCACGUCCCAGUCUCCGAGUUCCACGUCCCAGUCUCCGAGUUCCACGUCCCGGUCUCCGAGUUCCACGUCCCGGUCUCCGAGUUCCACGUCCCAGUCUCCGAGUUCCACGUCCCAGUCUCCGAGUUCCACGUCCCAGUCUCCAAGU